AUGUCUACUGAGAAAGUGACAACUAUUUCCAACAGAAAUUAUUACACCAACAAAAAUUUGUCUAACGAAAACACAGAACAUGUCGGCUUCAAAGGUUACGGGUUAUCACCUGAGCAGAUGAAAGCCUCCGGCUCGUUCACCUACAGCGAUGGUUCAACGUACACCAUCACCCAUGGCUCUGUCAUCAUCGCCGCCAUCACCUCCUGUACUAACACGUCCAAUCCAACGGUGAUGUUGGGAGCUGGUCUACUCGCAAAGAAAGCUGUUGAGAAUGGUCUAAGCGUACUUCCGUAUAUUAAGACUUCGCUCUCACCAGGUUCUGGAGUCGUUACUUAUUAUCUGAAAGAAUCAGGUGUUGUGCCUUAUUUAGAAAAGUUGGGUUUCGAUAUCGUAGGCUAUGGAUGUAUGACUUGUAUUGGAAAUUCUGGACCCAUCGAUGAUAAUAUUGCAAACACUAUAGAGAAGAACGAAUUAGUUUGCUGCGGGGUGUUGUCAGGUAAUCGUAACUUUGAGGGUCGUAUCCACCCCAACACGCGCGCCAACUACCUCGCAUCCCCCCUCCUGGUGAUAGCGUACGCGCUGGCGGGUACUGUCGACAUCGACUUUGAAACUGAACCCCUUGGUAAGAGAGCUGACGGCAGCGCCGUGUUUUUGAGAGACAUUUGGCCAACUCGUGCUGAAAUACAAGAAGUUGAGGACAAAAAUGUCAUACCAAGUAUGUUUAAAGAGGUGUACUCUCGCAUCGAGUUGGGGUCUGACUCGUGGCAGGCGCUGGAAGUGCCGCGCGGCAAGUUGUAUGGAUGGGAUACCAACUCUACUUAUAUUAAACGACCACCCUUCUUUGAUACUAUGACUAAGGAGUUACCUUCAAUAAGUAGUAUAAACAACGCUCGUUGUCUGCUGCUGCUCGGGGACUCCGUCACCACGGACCACAUUUCUCCCGCAGGUUCCAUAGCCAGGAACUCUCCUGCUGCUAGAUAUCUUGCUGAUAGGGGUUUAUCUCCUCGUGAGUUUAAUUCUUACGGUUCUCGUCGCGGCAACGACGCGGUGAUGUCGCGAGGAACUUUCGCUAAUAUACGAUUGAUUAAUAAAUUGUCUUCAAAAGCUGGUCCUUACACCACACACCAGCCCAGCGGUGAUCAGAUGGAUGUCUUUGAUGCUGCUGAAAGAUAUGCGUCAGAAGGGGUACCUUUAAUAGCUGUGGUAGGUAAGGACUACGGGUCAGGCUCGAGCAGGGACUGGGCCGCUAAGGGACCGUUUUUAUUGGGUAUUCGAGCAGUAAUCGCUGAAUCCUUCGAACGUAUUCAUCGUUCCAAUUUAGUAGGGAUGGGAAUCAUCCCCCUGCAGUUCUCAGAGGGUGAGAAUGCGGAAACUUUGGGGUUGAACGGCAAAGAGAUAUUUUCUGUACAAUUACCGGAAACUUUGACACCUGGAGAAAUGGCGACUGUUACGUUGGACAGCGGGAAAUCAUUCAAAGUGAAAAUUCGCUUCGACACCGAAGUCGAUCUCACGUACUUCAAACACGGCGGAAUCCUCAACUACAUGAUAAGGAAGAUGCUCUAGACAACUGUCAAAUUUACUUGACAGCUGUCAAACUGUCAAGUUUUCUUGACAACCGUCGAACCGUGAAUCGACUUGAAUCGGAGAGCAAAUUGUCAAAACUACGUUCGAAAGCAAACCUCUUAAUUGCAAUAUUUGACAAAUGUCAAGAACCUGUCAAAAUUGACUAAUUUCUGACUCUAAUUUAAAGUAAAUUCACCUGAUUUUUAACUUAAUUUAGCUUUAGGCAAAUUUCUACAGUCAAACCUGAUUUGACAGCUGUCAGUGUCAAGCGCAAUUUGGGCUGUCAUUAUGACGAGUCUGUCAAAUUUGACAAUUGUUUAGGGGAUUUUUAUUCUGUUGAUUCAGAAUUGGUUUUACGAGAAAUUAAAGCUUUUUUGUAUUGUAUAAAAGGGUUUUUUAUAGUGAAAUAAAAUAAAUCUAUAUUUAUAUUAAAAUAAUUAAUUUUCUUGAACAAAUGAAGGGUUUUAGGAUGAAAUGGUUUAUGGCUAUUUAUAUCUGAAAUAAAAUGGUGCAUUGAAUUUAUUUUCAUAGGAAAUGUUUUUAAAUUAAACAAAUAAUUAUUA